AUUUUGUAUUUUUAUAAUUUUCUUAUUCUUUGUUCGUCUGCUCUUACAUUAUUUUCAUAGAAACUAGCCUUUACUUGCGCGCCCCGCUUCAGCCUCAGCUUCAGUACAUACAAUAAAAGAAAAGGAAAAAUACCAGUGCAGCUCGCACCGUAUCUUUCACACAGUGCCUCAACAUUAGCCCUCGCACUUUCGACCCAAAUGCCGAGCGUUGGGAAAGAGCAACAGCCAGAAAUUACUAGCAGGGGUCAGUUUUACGAUGGGCCCAUCAUCCCACCAUUUGCACCGGGCGAAUAUAUCGGGCUAUUUGUAGUCAACAGCAUUAGCAUUCUCUGCAGCCUAUUUGUCAUGGGCUUUAUCCAUAUGUACCGCAACACAAUAUCGGUUGUGGCAGCCACAAGACAGCUUGGAAAACGGCGAACACUUCGGCGACCAGUAGGUACACGAGCAGUAGAGUAUCUGGUGUUGCCCGCGUCCCUGCGGCUCUUGUUUAUAGCCUCGAUAAUCGAUAUACUGUACAGCAUAUUUCGCAUAUACAGUUUGUCAGUCAGCAUGUCUGGGUUUUCGGGAAGCCAUCAAAACAAUUGCGAGGCAUCCAUGGCCGGGGUGACAUUCUUUAAUCUCAUGUCUGUAUUUGUCAGGGCGCUUCUAAACGUGCACUUGCAACUGGUCAUUAUAAACAACACGAGCAGAGCGCUUGUCUAUGGGCGGCACUUUUUGAUCGGCGCUUUUGCAGUUUCAAUUGUGCUUGCGAUUCUUCCCAUAAUCACGCACAACUACGUGUGGCUCACACUCGAUCCGACAAUGGGCAACUCUCACUGUGGGUACUUUCCCUUGCGCAAGACGACUGACAACAUGCAGGGCAUACCACUGGCCUAUGUAUGGACUCAAGCGAUGGCACGGAAGGCGCUGCAAAAGGGACUCAUAAUCAUGUGGUUGACAAACUUUGCCUGGGUGACGCUGACAGUAUUCUACGGGGCCGUGGUCAUUGUGUCAGUUGUGAUUCGGCUCGCCCAUCAGAAUACGACGCUCAACCGCAUUGCCCAUGGCCAGGGAUUGAUUCUCAAGCAGGAGUACCAGCGAAAGCGGCAGUUCCUUCACACUGCCACCAAAGUCGUGCGACGCAUUUUGCAAUUUCCCCUGAUGGUCGUGGUGUGCCACAUCUUCGAGGUGGUAUACGGAAUGGUAACUUUGACGCGGGCGUUGCAGUUGAUGCGUGCCGAUACCCUGGGUAGUGCCGCUGCCGACACCAACACGCGUUUGACACGCCUGUACUUGACAUCCCAAUUCAUGUUGGCCAUGGAGGGAAUAAUUACGUUGUUAUUUUUGCCAUUGGAGCCGCCGAUUCGCUUGAUGCUUCAUAGGCAGUAUUUGCGCUGGAAAUCUGAUCUGUGUCACCUGGGCACAAUUAAAAAAUCGAUGCGACGCAGGCCAGCAGAAAACUGGCCGUGUGCGAGAUCUCACUAUCCACCCCUGCAACCAAGCUACGACGAUGAUCUGGAUUUGCCACUACCAUGGUGCGACAAAACGUUGACCGCUUGUGCCCGCAACAGUAGCUUGGAUCCUAAUGGGAUUUACCACUUUGCUACAAAAUUCAGCGGCAGCAGCAGCUAUAACAACAACACCAGUCCUAGUGCAUCUUCGGCAUCUUCAUCCUCACCUCUGGGCGCAGCCAGUGACAAGCGGCUUCAGAAAGGCGACAGCAAGUCGAUUCAGCGGCCAAAGUCAGUUUACAAAUCAAAGACGCUGGACGAGUUUCCGUGGGACAUCGUAGCUGUUUCCAGGCAGGGCGGGCCAAGCACAGGCGCGCCAAUAGCUGAAGUACCUGAACAGAGAAUUGCUAGCAUUGCAUUGGCCAUGCGCAAUGAUGGGCUGCCGGUGCAGCAGUGGUAUGUGCCCGAGUCUCCCAACCGCAAAUUCACAGCGGCAGACCUCUCUGAGUUUUCCCCAGAUCUCAGUGUCAACAACACGCUGGUGACCAGAUCUUGCAGUAGCAGCCGUCAUAUCAAUGCAGUCGAAAUCUAGGCAACAUCUGGACACAUUUUGGUUGUUGGGGCUCUAAUUUUGAUUUAAAAAUGGGAAUGAAAGAAUUUUAUAGGGAAUGAAAAAUUUUGUUCUUAUCGUUUUAGGUCAUACGAAUUUGUCUGCGGGCACGCGUGGGUGCAUGUAAAUAAAACGUAUUGCAUUAUCUAUAAUAUUUUAUUUGCAACAUCGAGUAAAUAAAUAUCCAUGUGUAGCAUUUUUUAUUAUUCACAUUGUCUAAA